GGGGCGGGGACCCUGUAUAGGUGGGGGGGAGGGGACGCAGCGGGUGCAAGGGACCCUGUGGCCUGGAGAACUCACCUUCCGAAUCUCGAUCACGAGCUGCCACGAGGCGGGAGCCCAGAGAUGCGAGCUGGAGGGCUUCGGAGCAGAGGGUGAGUCCCAGUCCCACCACCCGCACCCCCCGGGUCCGCUCCUCUUCUCCAGGCAUGAAGUCAGAGGACUUUCAGUUUUCAAACCUGAUGUGAACUUCCAACAAUAGUAAAGAGAAGAAUUGUGAGUGUGUGGGUCCUGGACAUGUGGACAUGAAGCAAGCUGAAGGGAGAGAACAUGAGAAGGUGACAGCCAGUGUUAGUUCCUGCUGAACAGCCAGAGGAGAGCUGAGGUCAGAUGAUGGCAUCCAGGUUCAUGAACGUUGAGCCAAAGGCCCUCGUAACAUUUGUGGAUGUAGCUGUGAAUCUCACCCAGGAGGAGUGGCAUCUUCUGGGCCCGGAUCAGAGGAGUCUCUACAGGGAUGUGAUGCUGGAGAAUUAUGGCAACAUUGUUUCACUGGGAUUCCAAGUGACAAAGCCUGAUGUGAUAUCUCAGCUAGAACGAGGGGAAGAGCCAUGGAUCCUGGACACACAAGGAGCUGAAGAGAAAAAAGUCCUAAGAGGUGACUGCUUAGAUUGUGAAACACAGACUAAGAGUGAGGAAUUGUCUCCAAAGCAAGAAAUUUCUGAUGAAAUGAGAUGCCAGAAUCUAAUAUUGCAGCGACUUAGAAGAGUUAUUCCCCAAGGACCCACAUUUGGAGAAGCUGUCGAAAAUGAGAAUAUGUUAAAGGAAAUGUGGGGAUCACCUGCAGGGAGGAACCUGAGGACACUACUUUCCCAAAAGAGAGGUUUCAGAUCAGGACCAGUGGUCCCUCAGAAGCCCCUCAUAUUGCAAAGAGGUCAGGAAUGUAAUGAAUUCAGAGAAAAUCUCAAUAUGAGUAUUCCUCCUGCAACAUAUCAAAGAGUUCCUCCAGAAUGGAGACCCCAGGAAUGUGACGAAAUGGGCCAAAUAUCUGAACAAAAUUCAGAACUAAUUACAUAUCAGAAAGAACAACCAGAAGAGAAGCCCUAUAAAGCUAAAGUAUAUUGGAAAGCAUUUACUCAGAAUUCAAACCUCAUUGAACUUCAGAGAAUUCACACCAGAGAAGAAUCCAGUGAGGGUGAUACCAGCAAAGAAACCUUCAACCAGACAUCAAUCCUUAUCAAGAAGGAGAAAGUGCUUAAUGGGGAAAAACCCUAUGAAUUUAAUGACUGUGAAAAUACCUUUAACACACAGUUAUCCUUUAUUCAAAACCACAAAAUCCCCACUUUAGAGAAACCCUAUCAGUGUACAGAAUGUGGGAAAGCCUUUAGCUUGAAAGGAAACCUUAUUCGACAUCAGAGACUUCACACUGGAGAGAGACCAUUUGAGUGUAAUGAAUGUGGAAGUGCCUUCAGCUUGAAGGGGAACCUUAUUCGACAUCAGAGACUUCACACAGGUGAGAAGCCAUUUGAAUGUACUGAAUGUGGGAAAGCCUUCACUCGGAGCACUGCUUUUAUUCUUCAUCAAAGACUUCACACUGGUGAGAAACCCUAUGAGUGUACUGAAUGUGGAAAAGCCUUCAGCCAAGAAGGAAACCUAAUCCAGCAUAAGCGAUUUCACACUGGCGAGAAACCCUACCAAUGUAAUGAAUGUGGAAAAGCCUGUAGUGACCGAACAUCCCUUAUUCACCAUCAGAGAAUCCACACUGGAGAGAAACCUUAUCUGUGUAAUGAAUGUGGAAAAUGCUUCAGCCAGAGUUCAAUCCUCAUUAAACAUCAGAAAAUUCACACAGGGGAAAAACCCUAUGAGUGUAAUGAAUGUGGAAAAGCCUUCAUUCUGAAAUCAUGCCUUUUUAGACACCAGAGAAUUCACACUGGAGAGAAACCAUAUCAAUGUAAUGAAUGUGGAAAAGCCUGUAGUGACCGAACAUCCCUUAUUCACCAUCAAAGAAUUCAUACUGGAGAAAAACCUUAUGUGUGUAAUGAAUGUGGGAAAGCUUUCAGCCAGAGUUCAAGCCUCAUUACACAUCAGAGAAUUCACACUGGAGAAAAGCCCUAUGAGUGUAAUCAAUGUGGAAAAACCUUUAGUGCAUCUUCAAAUCUCAUUCAACAUCAGAGAAUCCACUCUGGAGAGAAACCUUAUGAAUGCAUAAAAUGUGAGAAAACUUUUAUUUUGAAGUCUUACCUCAUUAGACACCAGAGAAUUCACUCUGGAGAUACCUUGUGAAGGAAGACACCUUUGUGGGAGAACCUUCAGGACACAUGCUUCCAUUAUUCAGCAUUAAAGUCACAUUGGCAACAAACCAUAUGUUGUAAAAGAACGAUAGAAGCUUUACCAUAGAAAUGAUUGCGAUCAAGUUUUUAUCCAGCACUUCAGUCUUAUUCACCAUCAAGAGAGUUAUUCUGGAGAAGAAAAUCCCAUGUAAUUUUAGUAAUAGCCUUCAUUUUGCAAAUUAAACAUUUAGAAGGAAAGUUCUUUUGCUUCUCAAAAUGCCACCCAUGUGAUUUAAGUAUGCUGCAACUACAUGGUAGUAUAGUGGCUACCACAUGAACUGACCUUAGAGGAUUCACAUCCUGCUAACGGUGGCCCUUCCUUGUAAGAGGAUAUUUUUACCUCUUCAAACACUACAUAUGUGAUUAAUGUUUUCUGCAACUGAAUGAUUGUAUGGUGCUGACUGACACAUGAAUUUGAACUAUAUAGGCUUCAUGUUCAUGAAAAUUCCUGACUUUCAAAGGGCAGCCUUCUGGUCCAAUUCUCACAUUUUUCAGCAUGAAUCUCAAUAUUGUUUUAUAUUUUGGAAAGCCUUUAUUAACUAAGGUAAAUUAGGUGACUUUAGGGAAAUCCUAUAUCUAACUAAACACAAUAUUUUAGAGGACAUUUGUUAACCAAUUUCUAAGCUUCAAUUAGGUAGCUUUCCUCCUAAACUAAUUGUUCUUUACCUUUUAUCCUUGUAGGCAGCCCCAAGGAAAAAGAUUUGAAACUUUUCAAUAACAUCAUAAUGACCACAGUUUAUUCUGUUUAAAAUUUCUGUUUGUUUGUUAUUCUGUUGUAUAAGAUGAAGUUCAGUUGUAUGUGAAGGUAUUAAUAGUAGUGACAACACAUGUCACAGUUACUUAACUUUGUAUCAGAUGACCCUUCCACAGGUCAGCACUUUUGUGAGCCUCUUUUAUCAUCAUAGGCCAAGGGCUUCUCUCAGCCACCAGAAGACAUUCAAAAAAAGAAGAGAAAGGAAAUUCAGUGUCUUUCUUUAUAUCCUUAACUCCAAGAAUUCUUCUUUCAUUCCAUAAGGCAUUUGAAGGACUAGAAAGAUAGGAAAAUGGAGUCUGUAAGUAGGAGAUAUUUAGGUUGUUUCCUUUUUUUCUCCUCAAAUGCUCCCUCUUCUUUUCCCACCAGCCAGCAUACUGGGUUGUUAAGGAAGCAGACCAAUUUGCCUAAAGCCAAUUAGCCUAAAAAUUAAUUUGCCUAAAACCAUGUUCUCUUUCACUUCUCAUAUGUUUCCUCCCUAGUCUUACCUCAGCCUAUCUGAUCUUUGUACCUGAGGCCAUUUUGCCUAAUAUCAAUUAGCCUAAUGCCAAUUUGCUUAAUAAUCAAUUCGCCUAAACCUCAUAAGCAUUUUGGCAUCAAUUUUUGUGUGUGUAACCUGUUUGUGAUUUAGCUUCCAUAAACAUUUUUAUUUCUUUUCUUUUUUGUCUUAACUUGUUUUGAGCACUUUACAGGUCUGUUAACAAUGUCUAAGGGUACUCCUGACCAAACCAAGUAUUUAUCAAAUUCACAACUUUUUAUAUAGGACAGAAUGGUUUUUAAUUCCUUAUGCAUCUUUCCUGACUUCUAGAUUUUUGCCAUUUUACUUACCCCUGUGUAUUUUAUUGCUUUAUUGAUUGAAAGGCAGUAUAGAAUAGUAGAAAGAGUACUAAAUGGGCUUGCAGUCAAAACUACGCAAAUGGGAGGUGCUGUUAAAAAAUUAGUAUAAACUCAAUGUUUAUUCAUGUUAAUCAACAUUCAGACUAUUAUGGAUGAAAGGAUAUAAUUGAUACAUUGGAUCAUAUAAUUGCUUGGUAGAAAUUUCAAAGAUCUGGUCUUUUAUCUAAAGCAAUAUUCUCUACAAAAAUAUUAGAUGUUUAGUUAACCUUUACUUGAAGACCUCCAGGGGCUGUGAACCUCUGCAAGUAGCUCACUUCAUUUCUGAACAGUUCUUAUGACUUGGAAGUUUUAUCUAAUAUUCAGCUGAAAUAUUUGUAACUUUAACACAUUGGUCCUAGUUCUGCUCUAUGGAACCAAGCAGAAUAUGUUUAAUCUCUCCUCCAAAUACCAACCCUUCAAAUUCUUGAAGAUAGCCAUCAUGUCCCUUACCAAGUCUUCUCUUUUCCAGGCUUACCAUUUCCAGUUUGUUGAAUAGAUCCUCAUAUGGUACUCCCACCACCAUCCUAGCUGCCUCUUCUCUUUGCACCAGUUUGUUGAUGCCCUUCCAAAAUAUAGUGCCCAGACCUGAGCAUAGCACAGAGUGGUUUAGCUGGGAAGAGUAUGUUCUGGGGUACAAUCUAAAAUCUAAUUUUUCCAUCUGCUGUGAUAUAUACUGAGCUUUCAAUUUACUAAAAGCUCUUUUUGCUUUUUCACAUGAUCUUUGUACUGUAUCUUUUUCCGUAUCCUAUACUUGUGUGAUUGAUCUUCUUAACCUCUGUAGGACUUUAGUCAAUUUAAUUCUAUUAGAUAUGCUGCAUUUUCUCAACCUAUUAAAAACUUUUGAUGACAAUUCUGUUACCUGAUGGCUCUCUCAGCUUUAAAAUACAAAGAUGAUAAACAUGGUAGCUAUACCUUCAUUGAUUAAAAUGUUGACUACAACUGAAGGAA